AUGCGCUGCACUAAAAAUAGCCCAUUUGUGUUUAAUAAUGGCCUCACACGCUGUCUGAAUCUUCUUGAAGGCGCAAGAAGCAGCCCGCCUCUGAUUCGGGAGAUACUUGCAAAUAUAGCUCUGUGCAGAGAUCUGCUGGGGCCUGUUCUGAAGGUACUAACAUCAGAUGAUGUACUGCGAAAGCAUGGAAAGCAGAAGCUUUUUCAGAUGAUUAUGGCCAUAUGGAGCGUAUUCCCAGAGAUAGCCCGGCCAAAUAAGGUCUUCCAGUACAUUUCUGCAUCGGAUAAUAGUCCACUUGCGCGAAUUCUUCUUUUAAAAACGGCUCUUUCUCUUGUAAAAAGAAACAGCGAGCUCACUGAGAUAGAAAUAGAGCAGUUAGUGUCUGAGAUUGAGCUGUGCUUCUGUAAGCACGGAAUUGAGGCAGACUAUUUGAUGAUUCUAAUUCUGACAGAAGUGCUGGAUAUUGCACCAGGAAUGAAAGGCCGCGUGCAUUCUCUUUUAAAUACAAUAUCUCCAGAGUCAUCCUAUUCAUUGGCUCCUGCUAUGUUCCGUCUUGCACUGAAAGUUGAUUUUUUGUACAAAGUGCCUGCAUACAUCUUCACAGUCUGCAAUACAGCACUGUAUAUUAGAAUUCACACUGCUAUUCUUAUAGCAAGCAAUCUCCAUGAAAAACAACAAGUGUUCUCUUUGCUUCCAAAAUUAUCCGAUGAAAUUAUAACGCAAAUCCAGUGCUUUAUUAAAGAGAAAGUCUAUUCUAUUGACUACGAAAUAAAACAUGACCGAAAAGCACCAUUUACGCACAGUAUAAUUCUGCAGACAAUAAAAACAAUUUUGUGCGCAGAAGAAGAACCAGCAGCAAUAGUUGAUUCUUUGAAAACACUUUUAAAUAUCACAGAAUCUACAAAGGCAGUGUAG